AAAAUCAGUAAAUGUAUGAUUAAUUCACAUGAAUUUAUUUCAAUUAUUACUAUUUCUUAAUAUUUUUUCUAAUUUGUUUUUAAAUUAUAAGUAAUUAUACUGACUAACGCACCUGCUUCCGACUAUGCGAUUGGUGGGGAACACCCACUCCACUCGCCCCACUCUAACGGACAUGAUAAAAGGGCCGGGUAGCACGAGCGUUCGUCAGUGUGCGACGAGAAGUCAAAGUGUAAAGAACUUUGUAAAAGUGUAAUAAAGUGUGUGAAACUACAAGGAGUCUCAUUCCAGCAAGAUCCCUUUCAGUUCAGAAAGCGGGAUAACAUUGAGAUCGUGUUAUUAUCACACUCAAUGUAAGAACAUAACGCCCAAAAAGGGAAUCAUGGACAAACGAAGACGCAAAAGAAAAUCGGGCAGCCCUUUGACGAAUGAACCUGAAUCUUCUGUACGGGAUUCACGGUCACAGCAGCGUCACCGCAGCCCAGUAAGCAGCAAUGACUCGCCUGAUAGCGAGUUCGAGUCUCCUGUGCGCAAAUCACGUCGCGUUCAUCGGCGUGAUGACUCCAGAGGGCGUCAUCAUAGAAAACGACACCGACGCAGACAUCGCUCGAAAGGUUCUUCACGGAGAAGUCGCCGCGACAGCACCAGCGAGGUGGACCAGCCGGGCGCCCCGGAGCCGAAGGACAACCGCGAACAAGAACCAGGCGCAGCUGCUCCACAGCCUACCACAGUGAGUGCACCUUGUCCUAGUACUUCUGAUUCUAACGUUUUAGUUAAUGCAUUCAAAGACCUGAUACAAACUAUGAAAACAGAUAGCGGUAGUGAAAGAUAUCCAUCACUAAAUGUAAUUCCAGAAUUCGAUCCUUCAAAACGAAACCAAACAGUUGAUAUGUGGAUCAGUAAGGUUAACGAAUGUGCCCAAAUUUAUAAUUGGACAGAAAGACAAACCAUUCAUUACGCGUUACCUAAAUUAACUGGUUUAGCGCAGAAAUGGUAUCAAGGCUUGCCUAGUUUAUUGUUUUCCUGGUCUGAAUGGCAAAAUAAAUUAAAAUUGGCCUUUCCAAGUGACGAGAAUUAUGCUCAAUUGUUGACAGAGAUGCUUGCUUGUAAAGCCAGGUUUGGCGAAUCAUUAGAAGAAUAUUUUUAUGAAAAGAUGGUUCUAUUAAAUCGCUGUAAAAUCUCUGGAAAGAAUGCAACUGAUUGUAUACUGUUCGGUAUAGAUGACAGAUCCGUGAGAACUAGCGCUGAAGCAGCUCAAUUCACGGAACCAGAUAAAUUACUUGUUUAUCUUAGAAAUGUUAGAGUACCUAAAAGAACAGAUAAGUCAAUCACACCUUUACAACCAAGCAACUCUGAACCAAAACGUCAGAAAUUUGUUAAAAAUGUUAGUAACUCUAAGCCUACCAAAUGCUAUAAUUGUGGUGUAGAAGGACACCCUUACUAUAGAUAUUUUGGAAGUCAAUGUACCAUGAUACAGGAGUCCAUUGCUAAAACCUUAGUUGAUUCUUGGUCAGUAUCUGAUUUGCCCAUUUUAAGAGGGUUUGGUGAUAGUGUUGUAAAUUGUUUGGGGAGAUGUGAGGUUGAGAUUGAAGUCGAUUCAGCUAAAGCCACAGUGGAAGCACUUAUCAUAAUGUCUUCAAAUCGAUAUAAGGAGUUUUCGCUUCGGGAAGACGAGAUUUUUCAACUUUUGUUGGCUGACAACAGUGACGACGAGGAUGGUUUGCCACUUGAUGAUGAGGACCAAACUUUUUUAGCUCAAGAUUUGGAUGCAGGUAGUGGCUCGUUCCCUCAUUGGUUGUUUUUCUUCACGUCAGAGAGCUCUACCGUCCAAAGUUAUGACGAAGAAACGAAUUGA